UAGUCGGUUGGAAUUGGUAAAGGAUUUGUUUUCUUUGACGCUAAGUCACCUUCCGAAAAUCUAUAUAAACCUAAAAAAAGACUUCCUUUAGUUCGCAAUUUUUUCUCCGUUAGCAAUUUCAAUCUGCUCUAGGGUUCCUGCUGCUCGUAAUCGCAAUUUCAAAUCCGAUCAUGUUUGCCUGAUUCUGAAGAACCAGUGGUUGAUUCAAUCGCCGUCUUGAACCAUCGGCGUUUUCGUGGUUGUUCGUUCGUUCGUUCGUUCGUCCGUCCGGAUUUGAAACCCUAGCUGCAAGUGCCGAUUUGAAGCCUGUUGAAGAUUCUUUGAUUUAGCUUGUUUAGUGUUGUUUUGGUACAAAUUUGCUCUCUGUUUUGUAUUCAAUAUUUGAUUAGAUCUGUUACUGUGUUGUAUAUUUGAUAGAAUUGUUAUUCAGUAAUGGCAAUUUAUUUCAAGUAUAAAAGUUCAAAGCAUUGUGAUUCUAUUCCGAUUGUCCAUCCAUUUAUCUCUGUUUGGGAUUUGAAAUUAAAAAUAUUUGAAUCGAAGCGUUAUGGUAGGGGUAAGGAUUUCGAUCUUCUUAUUACCAAUUCACAAAGUAACGAACAAUAUGUUGAUGAAAAGGCUUUGAUUGCUAAAAAUACUAGCGUUUUGAUUCGUCGUGUUCCUGGGCCACCUCUCUUGCCCAUAGUAAUUCCAUCUCUUACUGAAUCAAAGCAAGUGUAUGAAGAGGAGAGUCAUGAGUCUGUUCGUUGUCUAGAUUUUGAAUGUGAUGAUUUUGGGGAUGAUGUAUAUGCAAUUCCAAUAAUAUUGCCUGUUCAAUCAAGUAAUAGCAAACAUGAUGAGGACACUAAGAUCAAGAGUUCAAUUGCUACACCAGCCAUUGAACACUUCUCUAAUGGCUAUGGUUUUGGUCGAGGUGAAAUGGAAUGGAAAAAACCACCUAUUGGAUACGUGUGUCAUCGAUGCGAUGUGCCUGGACAUUAUAUUCAGCACUGCCCUACAAAUGGUGACCCCAGGUAUGACAGAGUUGGAGUUUUGAAGCAUAAUGAGGCUGGUGUAUCUUCUAAGGGUGUUGAAGGUUUGUCGUCUGCAUCCUCUUCUUCAACGGAGAGUUCCUUUAGAGAUAUACCACGAGAGUUGUAUUGCCCAUUGUGUAAAGAAUUGAUGAAAGAUGCAGUUAUAGCAAGCAAAUGUUGUUUCAGUAGUUUUUGUGACAAAUGCAUUAGGAAUCAUAUUGUGUGUAACUCUAGUUGUGUUUGUGGGGCUAGAAAUGUAGUUGUUGAUGCGCUCUUGCCUAAUCUCACUCUAAGGAGAACAGUAAACAGAAUGUUGUCGGAGUCCAGUAACAGUAGUUCAGAGCAUGGGGUUAGUGAUCCUCUUCCUCGAGUUCAAGAUCUGGUGAAGGUGACCACAAAGACUUCAGGGGAGUCUGUCGAUGAGUUACAGCAGAAGAAAAGGAAGAAACCAUGUGAUGUUGAUGUUGUAAACAUGAACUGGGGAGUUGCUGCUUAUUAUCCUGCACAUACCACAGGCAAACCAUUUCGGGGACAGUGUGAUGAGACUGGAAAAGCAGGUUUGAAAAGGAAGCGCGAGAUGAGCAUUGAUCAGUUUCCUAGUGUAGUUAGUUGUUGAAGGAUGAAAAUAUUUCACAUUUUGUAAUGUUUUCGAAUUCAAACACUGUUUAUGAAUACAUCAGAAUUAAUUUCUUCUGGUCUCUAAACUUGAAGUUAACAGAGUACUAAUUCAUAUCAUUUAUUAAUCAGA